GGCUAUGGGCGGGCCCCUUGCAGUUGACGCGGGGGCGGGGAGUCAGCGAGGGCGAGCCUACUGGAGUUUGCCGGGGGUGGGGAGAAGGUGGGCCUCGAGCAAGCCCGCUAGAGGUGGGGUGCGGGUGGUCGACCUCAGGCGAGCCCCAGGGCACAGCCCGGGGCGGGAGGCGGGGCUUGGCGGCCGAGAUCUCCGCGCUGCAGUUAGCCCCGCCGAGCCCCAGGAGCUGCGGGUAGGAGGGGCGAGAGAAAGGAUGGGGGCACAGAACCGGAAGAAACGAAGGGCUCGUCCGCUUCGGCUUGUCCUAAUUUGGUGCCCAAUCUGAAGCUGGACUGUACCAUUGCAUACCUGGGGGAGGCUGUGGCAAAGGUGACAAGAAGGCCGAAGGCACAAAGGGGAGCUACACCCAUUCAUGGAGGAGCUUAAGUACUAACUCGAGUGCAAGAGUUUAAAAAUGCCGAGGCAGCCCUAGGUGGAAAACUUCCGGAAGGCCCAAGCGUUCGUAAGGGCUCCCUACCCCGCUCGGAGCAUACAUGGUACCGUCCGGAAGUCCGGGCGGAGACCGUAGCUGCGCUUCUCGCGAAAGGGCAGGCAUCGCGGGGCUGGCCACUUCCGUACUUCCGCUUUCCGGCCCAGCCAGCGCCCGCGAUGACUGCCACUCUCCGCCCCUACCUGAGUGCCGUGCGGGCCACAUUGCAGGCUGCCCUCUGCCUGGAGAACUUCUCCUCCCAGGUUGUGGAACGACACAACAAGCCGGAAGUGGAAGUCAGGAGUAGCAAAGAGCUCCUGUUACAACCUGUGACCAUCAGCAGGAAUGAGAAGGAAAAGGUUCUGAUUGAGGGCUCCAUCAACUCUGUCCGGGUCAGCAUUGCUGUGAAACAGGCUGAUGAGAUCGAGAAGAUUUUAUGCCACAAGUUCAUGCGCUUCAUGAUGAUGCGAGCAGAAAACUUCUUUAUCCUUCGAAGGAAGCCUGUGGAGGGGUAUGAUAUCAGCUUUCUGAUCACCAACUUCCACACAGAGCAGAUGUACAAACACAAGUUGGUGGACUUUGUGAUCCACUUCAUGGAGGAGAUUGACAAGGAGAUCAGUGAGAUGAAGCUGUCAGUCAAUGCCCGUGCCCGCAUUGUGGCUGAAGAGUUCCUUAAGAAUUUUUAAACCAUCUGGCUGGAUCUCGUGGCCUUCCCCCUCAGACUACCCAUGUCUCCACGAAGGCGUCCUGGAGUCACUCCCCAGAGCAGCAACGGCGGCGGCAGGGAGUUGGGUUGGGGUGGGCAUUCGAUGCGGGAGGUGGGUGGUGUGCUUGCUAGCUGGGCAAGAAAGCAGCAGUGGACCUGCCCCAAGGCCACACGUGCCUGGUCAGGCUGGCUUCUGAUGUUCAGUCCCCUGGGCCGGGACGGAUUUUUUUUAACGUCUCGAAACUUAAACUCUGUGCUUGUAGGAUACUGUAACCUUUUUGUCUUUUUUUUUUUUUUUUUUAAAAAAAAAAAAACCUCCACCUCCAGUAGCUGUGACUGGUCCCAGUGAUUAUACCUUAUUGGUUGCUGUGGGUCUGGGCGGGCCUGGAGCCAGAAGGCGACUUAUUUUUUCUCUCCUAUGCCACCCCAGGUGGGGAGGGAGGGAGGUUUCAGACUCCAGUUUCUCUCCUUUGCCCUUUUAUUCCCAAGCCUCCUUGGCCCCAGUAUAAGUGUUGGGAACUCUCUGCCAGCUUGCUGAGUUCUGCCUGAAGAUGGCCUCCCAGCACUGGUUGGGGACAAGGGCCAAAUUGGUGACCACUAGUCAUGCCUAGGACCUGGGGCCCAAAAGCCAGGCAACCUGUGGCUACAGGGGCCAUUGGGUGCCCUCCCGGUUGAGAGGGGCCGCUGUUUCGCCUUGUCCGUCAGUGCCAGUGCCUGUGCCAGAGGUGGCGAGGUGAGUCCUCCUCCAGAGCUUCCCGGCCGGGCCCUCCUCCUGCCUGUUCUGGCUCCUCUGCUCCCACGCUAGCUGUCCCUUUUCUGAUUCUGGUGGAUCCUCCCUCCCCUAAUUAAAGUCUCUUUUUGCCCCUUUGGGGCUGCAUGAGG